AUGGCUACCGCAAAUCCCGAGUUUAUGGAGGCUCUGUCCGCAAUGAUUGCACAAGCCCUCCGAGCAUCGAUUGGAAGUGCCGUCGCCGCACACGCUCAACAGGUUCCGGUAGGAGACGCUGCUGCUCCAUCGCCGAAAGCUCCUCCGUUUACAGUACAGGAGUACCGGUCAUCAGAAGGAACGACCGUCGCUGAUUAUUUCAACCGUUUCGAAUGGGCCCUACAGCUGAGUGGCAUCCCGGAAGCCCAACACGCAAAUUUUGCCCGUGUCCACAUGGGGGCUGACUUGAAUAAUGCCCUGAAGUUUCUCAUCUCUCCCCGCGAUCCAGCAGAAGUUCCCUACGCAGAUCUACGCACGACCCUUGUCAACCACUUCGACCGGAUACGGAAUAAGUUCGUCGAGAGCGUCAAAUUCAGGAGCAUCGUUCAGCAAAAGGGCGAAACCAUCGCACAGUUUGCCCUCCGGCUGAAGCAGGGUGCUGCCUACUGCGAAUACGACCAGUUUCUAGACAGAAUGCUCAUUGAACAAUUCCUGCAUGGGCUCGAAGCAAGAGACCGACCCGGAACACGACCCGAGAGAUCAAUACUGGCACACCACCGCCAGCGUACCCCGAAGGUACCAACAAACUUGACUACGAGAAGCCGAGAACAAGGAAGUCGCCUCAAUUUCGUCAACGAUUGCCACUCUUCCAACAACGAACGCAAGCUCCACCCGAACAUUGCUGGUGAAUCCCGUCCCUGCAACGGCUGUGGCGGACAGCAUCUGAGAAAUCAAUGUCGGUUCCGCAACGUCUGGUGUAACGCCUGCGGCAAGAAAGGUCACAUAGCCAAAGUCUGCCGAUCCGAGAAAUCUCAGAAUUCUUCUACUGAUCUGGUGGAGUCCCAAGAAACGCCGACUCCCGAAGCCGACUUCGUGCAGUCCCUCCAUCAAGUGCUCAACGUCUCAUCCACCGGAAAGAAACUCAUCGAUGUCGAGAUCGAUGGCCGCCGCCUGCAAAUGGAGCUGGACACCGGAGCACCGUGUGGAAUAAUAGGAGAAACACAGCUUCGAACCAUCAAGCCGAAGUUUUCGCUGCUGCCAACGAAUCGGCAAUUCUCCAGUUACACUGGACAUCGCAUCCAGUGCCUUGGUCGCUUCCCUGUGCAAGUAUCCAUCGGAUCUACAUCGCGCAGACUAAACUUGUACGUCGUGGCCGGAAAAUCCGAUUCUCUUUUCGGGCGCGAAUGGAUUGUUCAUUUUACUAAACAGAUCAAUUUGAACAGAAUGUUCUCUGCAGAUCAGUCCAUCAACUCACUCACGAGCACCGAACUUACUCCGGAUCAAGCAGCUCACUUGUCGCAGCUUUUGGACAACUUAGACAGUAUCUUCAGCGACAUCCCUGGAAAGCUCGAAGGACCACCUGCGAAAGUGCACCAGAAACCAGGGACAUCCCCGGUUUUCGCGAGGGCUAGAGACGUGCCUCUUGCGCUGCGUGAUCGGUAUGCAGGCGAGAUAGAUAAGAAACUAGCCUCCGGAUUCUACGAGAAAGUUGACUACUCCGAGUGGGCAUCGCCAACCCACAUCGUCAUGAAAAGGAACGGAAGUAUUCGGAUUACCGGUAACUAUAAAACGACCGUCAACCCAAGUAUGAUUAUCGACGAACAUCCGAUACCGAAAAUCGAAACAAUCUUCAACAAAAUGAAAGGAGCCGCCUUGUUUUGCCACUUGGACGUAACGGACACCUACACUCAUCUCCCAGUCGACGAUGAGUUCCGUCAUGUGCUCACUCUCAACACUUCAACGCACGGGCUCAUUCGUCCCUCAAGAGCCGUAUAUGGGGCUGCCAACAUCCCGGCUAUUUGGCAGCGACGCAUGGAAUCCAUUCUUCAAGGACUGGAUCACGUUGUCAGCUUCUACGACGACGUCAUCGUAUUCGCUAAGAACUUCGACGAGCUCCUGCUAGCUCUUACCGCAACGAUGGACAGGAUGAAACAAAAUGGUCUACGAUGUUUCAUGAUGGAAUAA